AUGUCAUUUCUUGUCGCUGGUCGCAUAGUUGGCGAUAAUGUAGCUAGUUCGAACAUUCUGCUCACAGAUUUACCGCCAUUGUUGAUACAAUCAGCAGAUCAGACAACUCCUAUGCAUAUUGGCGCAGGUGAUCCACCUGUGUCUACCGGCAUUCUCGAAAGCGCUGGAUUAUUAGGUAUUAACCUUCCUCCAUUGGAUGGCGACCAUCAAUCAAGCGGAGGAAGCAACGUUCUUGGAAUUACAGAGCCCUCGUCUUCAGUAUCGAUUACUCCGUCGAUCAGUUUGGCAGUUACGCCUUCAGCUACCGUUGGCGGUGUUCUGGCUAUAAACGAUAUCGGUGGUUCAACAACUACAAGUUCCACGUCAACAACCUCGUCAACAACCACAUCAACGACGACGUCUAGUUCUUCAAGUUCGAGUACUACGACGUCGACCACAACGAGUACAAGUACCGUAGCAAAUGUUGGACUACCACCGGUUUCAUCUACUUCCAGCAACACGCGGUCUGUCCCUUUGACACCGCUGAUUGAAUGUUACCAUGCGCAUGAGGAGUUGUGCGCUGAAAGAAGAGGAGAUUGUGAGUGCAGCGUCGAUCCACUGAUUCCAGCCGCGUUAUUCUGUUGCAACGUAACCGACAUCAACAAAGCGAUUGGGUGUGUCACAAAUGCACCUGAGACAGUAAAUUGGAAGUAUUUACACAUGCGCAAUGUGACCGUACGUGAUUUGGCGUUGAACGAGUCUAACCGCUACAUCAAGACGCUGUUGUCCCUAGCCAUUACUGAUGGAACGAUCCAGCGCAUCAGCAGAUCGUUUGCGCGUUUCUCUUCACCGGUGUGCUUAAACAUAUCGAACAAUAAUAUCAGCGAAAUCGAACAACGAGCGUUCCGCGAGCUGCGUAACCUUACCAUGUUAGAUCUGUCAUACAACAAUUUAUCGACCAUACCUUCCACUAAUGGGAAAUUCCGCCUGGAUAUUCGUGGCAACGUCGGUAUGCUUUGCAAAUCACUGCUCGAGUCGUUAAAGAGUGGCGUCAAAUUUAAGGAUCCCGAGUCCACGUUUUGUCUCACGAAUCGAACAUUCAAUUGGUUUAACUCGACAGAUAGCCUACCGCUGCAUCAGCUCGAGACGAUACAGCGUGUACAGGACGAAUGCCCGGAAAAUUGUACCUGUGAGCUGGACCGGUUGAAUUUUGAUCUUAAUAACACGGAGCGUAAGACGAUCACUACUCGCGUAGCCUGCACUGGUCUUGGAUUGACCAAAUUUCCCGACCGUCUACCGGCUGGCACGGUAACUCUGAACAUUUCUAACAAUAAUAUAACCAACCUCGAAGCUCUCAAUACACCGCCUUAUCAAUCUUUGCUACGACUGCAUGCUGAUGAUAACCAAAUAAGUUCGCUAAGCGAUCUCGAAGGCAUGGAUUUUAUCUCUCGCUUUACGAUGUUCUCAAUCCGGCGUAACAAGCUGAAGACCGUUCAAUCGUACAUUUUUACCAAGUCACUCGACCUCGGCUCAUACAUAUUUCUCGAGGGAAACCCUAUGACGUGCGAUUGCAACGCCGCCAAAGGAUUUAAGAAUUGGUUACUCAGUCGGAAAGCUCAAGUGCCCGAUCACGAAUACAUUUUCUGCGAGGGAAACACCAAUCUGCCGCAGCUCGUCACUAUCCAAGAGAGUAAGCUUUGUCAGUCUCAACACGACUGGACGGACUACAUUUACUAUCUAAUCGCUACCGAGAUCCUUUUGUUGGUAGCGCUCGUCUGCAAGGUAUCUUAUGACUACUGGGUAUUUAAGUCGGCCGGCUACCUCCCGUGGCCAGCCAACAAAAUGCCGAAGCUACCGUGCGAUUGUUUGUGUGAAUAGUAGGGAGUCCCAUAUGUCGCAAGAUGUAGACGAAGAUGAUGAGAUUUUUUCUUUAUUCCUCCCCUUUUUGUUUUUUGUGUAUGUAUCUCUCAUCGACUGUGAUAAACUUCCCUAUUGAAAAACAUGAACUAUACAUGAAACUAAACAUAAACUAUCGGCUAACGGAAAACAUAAUUAAAAUGAACUAAAUGUGCGUACGAGUAUGCGUAUGCAAUAAAAAUACAGCAUACUCCUACAUUAGAG